GUGGGAAGGACCGGGAGUAGUCCCCGUAGCUUUAUCUCCUUGGCCCCGGGGCUGGCGGCUCUAGAGUGGACUGGGGCUUCGCUGCGCUCCGAGCGGAUCCGCUGGCUGAGUGUGGAGACACGCUUGUCCGCUCGCUCGCUGUCUCCGGGAAAGCCUCCGCUACCCAGUUACCCAGCAUGAUGAUGGGUGAAGAGAAAUCUUCUGUAAGAAGUCGCAGGCUCACAUCCAGAGAAAGGGAUGAGGAAAAGAGAAGUACACAUAAAGAAGAGACUCUACACACACCAGAAGAGACCCUACAGACACCAGGAAGUGGUCAAUUGGACCCUGAACACCAUCUGACAAGGAAGUUACUGUUGACAGCAGAGGCAGAACAGUUGAAGCCAUUUUUUAUGAAAGAAGUAGGCAAUCGUUUUGAUGAAUUUGUGACCAGUCUUAUUGAUAAAUCAACCUCACUGGAUAUCUCUGGGUCUGGGACAUCCUUUGCUAUUCUCAACGGAGGGAAAAACAGCCACAGAGCUAAGGAUCUGAGGAAUCGACCAGAAGAAGGAAAGCUUUUUGUUGUAAGAAGGUCCAUGUUGGAUGAGCUACUAGAGGUAGACCAUAUUCGAACUAUAUAUCAUAUGUUUAUUGCCCUCCUCAUCCUCUUCAUUCUCAGCACACUUGUAGUGGACUACAUUGAUGAAGGAAGGCUGGUCCUAGAAUUCAGUCUCUUCACUUAUGCUUUUGGCAAAUUUCCUGUUGUAAUUUGCACUUGGUGGGCCAUGUUCCUGUCCACACUGAUCAUUCCCUAUUUACUAUUUGAACACUGGGCCAAAGGCUAUACCACAAGUUCCCGUCCAGUUGUUCAUUCUUUCUUCUAUGGGACACUUUUUAUGCUUUUCCAGAUAGUAGGCUUGGGAUGUGGAUCAACUUAUGUUGUAUUGGCCUAUGCAUUGCCACCAGCUUCCCGAUUCAUUGUUAUACUUGAACAGGUUCGUUUCAUUAUGAAAGCUCAUUCAUUUAUUCGGGAGAAUGUUCCUCGGGUACUGGAUGCUGUUAAGGAAAAAUCGUGCACCAUUCCGAUACCCCAAGUCAACCAGUACUUGUACUUUUUGUUUGCUCCUACUCUGAUCUACAGAGACAGCUAUCCCAGGAAUCCCACUAUCAGGUGGAGUUACGUGGCUACUCAGUUUGCACAGGUUUUUGGUUGCAUGUUUUAUGCCUAUUACAUCUUUGAAAGACUCUGUGCUCCCUUAUUUCGGAAUAUCAAACAAGAGCCCUUCAGUGUUCGGGUUUUGGUCCUGUGCAUCUUCAAUUCCAUAUUGCCAGGUGUGCUGAUGUUAUUUCUUUCCUUUUUUGCUGUGUUGCACUGUUGGCUUAAUGCCUUUGCGGAGAUGUUACGCUUUGGGGAUAGAAUGUUCUAUAAGGAUUGGUGGAACUCAACAUCUUAUGCCAACUAUUAUAGAACCUGGAACGUGGUAGUCCAUGACUGGCUUUAUUACUAUGCUUACAAAGACUUCCUCUGGUUUUUCAGCAGGAGGUUCAAAACGGCUGCCAUGGUGUCUGUCUUUGCAGUGUCUGCCGUGGUACAUGAGUAUGCCCUGGCCCUGUGCUUGAGCUUUUUCUACCCCGUUCUCUUCGUACUCUUCAUGUUCUUUGGAAUGAUUUUCAAUUUCAUUGCCAAUGAUAGUCUGAAAAGGCCUAUUUGGAACGUCUUGAUGUGGACAUCUCUCUUCUUGGGCCAUGGAAUCCUACUGUGUUUUUACUCUCAUGAGUGGUACGCAAGGCAGCAGUGUCCUUUAAAAAAUCCGACGUUUCUAGACUACAUAAGACCACGCUCCUGGACGUGUCACUAUGUGUUUUAAAAACUUGGACUAAGUUUUCUUUCUUGAUCGAAUGUGUGUGCCACCUGAUUCUGGAAAAGCAGCUGCUUUAAAAAAAAAAAAGAUACGCUGCAUCAAGUAAAAACAGAUUGCUACAAGUGACCCCAUCUAUUUACAGGUGACAAAGCCAGUUCCAUGCCAGUCAUCUAAAGCCAAGGUUAUAAGUCAAGUCCAGUGGAAUCCUGUUAAGAAGGAAUUUUUUUUUUCCCUUUUUGGGGGUAAUCUCUAAGGUACAGACAGAUUUUUGGAUGAUCAGAUGUUCCUAGAGCUUAGCAAUCAUCCAUCCAUUAUUUAUCUUUCUAUACUCAUUUAUUAAACACUGUCUAUGUUUUCGUAGUUACUGAAAUAGCCAAAACACACGUAAAGAAUUAAUGUUAUGAAAAAAAAAAGGAUUAAUGCUUUGAAUAUCUGUUGUUUGUAACUUGUUUCUAUGCACAUUGUUAUGUGUAUUGAUUAAAAUGUAUUUGAAAAAGAUA